GGGACCUAACUGCAGUGGAUUUGGGUGAGAUGACAUCAACAAGUGUGUGACCUGUGAGGAGGAUACCUUCAAGGAAUGGGUUAAGAGUCACCCAAAUGCUCAAGGUAUGAGGAACAAGCCUUUUCCUCACUUUGAGGACUUGACUAAUAUCUUUGGAAGGGAUCGUGCUACCGGAAUGGGAGCUGGAGCACCUGCAAAUGCUGUUGAAGAAAUAGAGAUGGAGGAGCAACAGUAUCCGUACACAUCACCAGCUAUCAAUGAGAGCCAAGAAGCAGAUAGCAAUUUUGUUGGUCAGAAUGUCAAUAUGAAUACUCUCCAGACAGCUACUAAUACUGAAGUUGCAUGUCCAAGUAGGCCAACCAGAACUAAGAAAGCUAGGCAUGAGGCCCUUGAGGUUGUGAGAGAUCUUACAUCUGAGAUGACUAAGGUAGUAAGCAUGAUGGCAGCUGCUGGAGAUCAUAUUGAGAAAUUGACUCAAUGUUUUAAGCAUGAGUCUGAGACUGCAGAUAGAAGAAUGACAGUGGUCUCUGAGAUGAUGAAGGUGCAGGGUCUUUCUCAAUCUGAGAUUCUUAAGGUGGGCAGAAAAAUUGCAAUGGACCUACUGGAGACUGAUUACUGUUUCAGUCUUCCAGAUGACUAUAGAAGGGCAUAUGUUUUAACUCUUUGCUCAGAGUUUCAAAGUGGGAUGCAGCUAAGUUGGGUAGGGUUUGUGUAUCUUUUUGGGAUAUUAUGUAUUGGGUAG